CCUUCUCUCAGUAGAAGAAGUAUCUAAUAAUAACCUCACCUCUCCUCUCAACUCUUUUUUUCUAGAUAUUCAUCAUGGUUGGCUCUACUGGUUCAACAAAGGUGGAUGCAGUCGUCCAACAGGUCGCUGCUAACACCCCAGAGAAGCUCAGUGGUUUCGCACUUUACUCCAGAUUUGCUUUGGCAGGAGCUGUCUGUUGUUCAGUCACCCACGGUGGUCUUACUCCCGUCGAUGUCGUCAAGACUAGAAUCCAACUCGACCCCGUCACAUACAACAGAGGAUUGAUCGGAGGUUUCAGACAAGUUAUUGCAAAGGAGGGAGCAUCUGCUCUUUUGACCGGUGCUGGACCAACCUUCGCUGGUUACUUCCUUCAAGGCGCAUUCAAAUUCGGAGGUUAUGAACUCUUCAAGCAACAAGCCAUCAACAUGAUCGGUUACGAAAACGCCGUCAACAACAAGACCGCUGUCUACUUGGCUUCUUCCGCUACCGCCGAGUUCUUCGCUGAUAUCGCUCUGUGCCCUCUUGAGGCUACCCGUAUUCGUUUGGUCUCUGACCCAACAUAUGCCAAUGGUCUCAUUGGUGGUUUCUCCAAGAUGUUGAAGAACGAGGGUGUUGGUGCUUUCUAUGCUGGUUUCGGACCAAUCUUGUUCAAGCAAGUUCCAUAUACCAUGGCCAAGUUCGUCGUUUUCGAAAAGGUCGCUGAGGCUAUCUACACCAAGGUCGACAAAUCCAAGACCUCCGACGGAAUGCAAACCACCAUUAACUUGGGAUCCGGUCUUAUUGCUGGAAUGGCUGCCGCCGUUGUCUCACAACCAGCUGAUACCAUGUUGUCAAAGAUUAACAAGACCAAGGGUCUUCCAGGAGAGGGAACUACCUCCCGAUUGAUCAAGAUCGGUAAAGAGUUGGGUUUCAGAGGUUCAUACACUGGUAUCGGUGCUCGUCUUGCUAUGGUCGGUGCUAUUACUGCUGGUCAAUUCGCUAUCUACGGUGAUAUCAAGAAGGCUCUCGGUGCCACUGGUGGUGUUGAUUUGGCUGUUAAAUAAAUGAUUGUAUAAAAGCAGUUGUUUAAAAAGGGUUUACGGGAUCGUCGGAUAUCUUUUAGCGAACCCGCAUGCAUUUGUUUGUUCCAGCAAGCCUUUUCUUCCUCGCCUUUAUCGAAAAAUACUCCGGUCUAUCUUGAAAUAGAGAAGGAAUAGACUAGAUGAUGGACUGGAACUUCUAGAAGAGGAUGGGGAGGAAAGGAAGGGCUUUUCAUGGCGUCUGUCUGUAUAAUAGAGACUUCUCUCCAAUAGAAUAGAUAACAAUUGGAUGUGGUUUAUGUUGA